CGACAAGUUAAGGUUGUGGCCAUAUAAAGAUUCCAUUGGUUAUUCCUUGAGCCCGUGGCCCGUCACUGUGGCCCGUCACUGUGGCUCCUCCUCCGGCCCACAGACGCACACCUGGUCCUGGAUCAGGCGCAGGUUCAGACUAGGACCGCGGGGAGCGACUGGGACUUCACCGCAGGGACGGAUCCAAGCGACGGAUCCUGGAGCCGAGCUGGAGAGGAAGAGCAGUCGGCUGAGACAUACAUAGAAGAGGCACCAAAGGAACAUGGGGGAGGCACCAGGCAGAGAGGAUGGCAUAGUCACUCGCACAGCUGAGUAUGUGGGGUCAUUUCCUGUUGACGAUUGCUGUCUGGAUGACCAAAUUGAACAACUCCACAUGCAGCUCAAAUGUUUAAAGGCAUGCAAAUCAAAACGGCUUGUAUCACUCAAAUUUUCCAUCAGAGGAGUUAAAAUGUAUGAUGAGGAUGAAACUACUCUCCUGAUGGCCCAUGCCCUUCGUAGAGUGUCCCUGUCCACUGCUCGUCCUGCAGACUCCCAGUUUGCCUUUGUAUCCCACAACCCAGGGAGCACAGAUGCACAACUCUACUGUCAUGUAUUCAAAGCCCGACACGCACGAGCUGCCCAGUUCCUGAAUCUGCUCCUGUGCAGAUGUUUCCAGCUGUCAUAUCUGGAGAAACAUCCAGAGGAGGCCCAGGGGGAGUCCACUGGCUCUGCCCCUCGUCGAAACCCAUCCCUCCUCAACCACGGUUUCCCCCUCAGUGUCAGUGCGCUGGUGUCCUUCAGGAGAGCACCCUUUAGAGGGUGGCUGCCUGGAUCAAAGAAAAAUGGUAAACCCUCUGAUGACCAGCAGAGCAGCCAGGAUGAAGUGUUCCCCUCCUUGUCCCCUUCACUGACUCGAAGAAAAGCCAUCCACACCAAAGUCCUCCACUCUGGGGCCUACCGCUCCUUCACUUUUACUCCCCUCAAACAGCACACGAUUCAGGAGCGACUAAAGUCAUCACCAGCAAAAGUAGCAGGCGCUCCACAGAAGAGGUCCCGAGCCCCGAGUCUGGCCGAAACCGAAGAAGCACUCGCUCAGGCAGUGUGGUGCUGGGCUGGAAUCGCAAAUGAUAGUAGCUACUCACUCCUGGCAGAUGACGUCCUGGGAGCAUAUCUCGUGUGUCCACAUCCUAAAAAACCCAAAUGUGGCAGUCUGAUCAUUCGCUUCCCCUCUGGCCUGAUCACUCACCUCAUAGAACAAACACGGAAAGGAAAAUUUCUGCUUGAGAAAUGUAAACUGGAGUUUAGCUCCUUGGCUGAAUUAAUUGAACACUACACAGAGAGCCUGGAUGAACUGCCUUGUCUGCUGAGCUGUGCCAGAGUUAACCACUGUUAUGAGUGGGAGGAAGAUGCUGACAAACCACAACAGGCUGUUAAAACACUGGACAACUUCAAAACAAAGAUGAAAAGUACCUACUUAAGGCCUUAAAGUCUGAAACUGGACUGAUGUGUAUGCUAUGACUGAGCAUAGUGUUUGUAUGAUGAUGUUAUGUUAUUCUUUUGCACUUAUAUACUUAUAUAUCGUAUUCACUUCUGGUGGGGUCUUUUUGGUGAUGUUCUGUGGUACACUUUGAAGCACAUCUUUAAAAAUGUCAGCACUUCCCUUUAGUAAAGGUACUUAUUUUCAAAAAAGUUAAAUAUGCUGCUUUUAUUUCAGUAUUUUAAGUCUGUUUUUGUAUGUCUUAAAGGCAAUACUUGUACAUUGUUUUUGUUUUUGGACUGCUGCCUUGAACAUUUUUAAUCUGUGUGCAAAUAUAUUUGCUCCAUUUGCCAACCCUUGGUCUUUUAUGUACACUCUCUCUGUGUGUGUAUUUAAAACUGGUAAACACAUCUAUGCCUAAAUGUCUAAAAUUCUAAAUGUAACUAAAUUAAGUUAAUUAUUUGAAUUCUU